CUGCCGAGCAAUCGCGGCGCCAUAGUGGGCGAAGUAAAGGAAAUGCCUUGAUGUUAAAAUCGAAGUGCAUUUCGUGUCGUUCAGACGAUAGUUAUAGUCAGACCGACGAAAUUUUUAUCGGAAUAACGUGCGGAUUUCUGCCGUGAUAGAUCGAAAUGGAUUGAUCGCAAGCCCAUUGUAGUAUCUAUUGCUGUAUAGUAUAAAUUCAUCGUAAUCAUGUCUUAUCCUGGUCAGCCACCUAUGGGUAUUCCAGGAAUGCCUCCAAUGCCAUACAUGGUUGGUGCACCUCCCCCAAUUAUAGGUGGAGUCAUGCCCAUGGCACAUAUGAUUCCAACACCCGUAUCUGCGAUGCAGACAUCCGCGCCGGCUGUACGCUAUUCGCGCAAUCAAAAUCGCCACGAUAACAAUCGCCGGCGCGAAAGGGAACCUGGCCCGCCUGUCACCGUGUUCGUUGGUAACAUAAUGGACAGAGCACCCGACGUGAUGAUGCGUCACAUUCUGGGUGCUUGCGGUCACGUGCUUUCAUGGAAAAGAGUGCAGGCGUUCGGAUUUUGUGAAUUCGCUGGCCCCGACGCUGGCCUCAGGGCGGUGCGAUUGUUACAUGACAUGGAAAUUGGCACGAAAAAACUUCUCGUCAAAGUGGAUGCUAAAACUAAGGUAGUCCUGGACCAUUUCAAAGCUGAGCGAAGGAAGAAACUGAGAGGUGGUCAGUCGCCAUUGCAAGACGAAACAUCUACCGACGGAGCCGACGGCGAGGAAGGUGAAGACUACAUGGACGAAGGUAUGAGAGUGGUCGACGCCGACGCGCUGGCUCGCAUCAAUCAGAUCAUAGCGGAGCAUGCCAUAGACUUAGAAAUGGCACAAGUUGCUCCAGAGGAACACCAGACAAAAAUAGUAGCUAAGUCCUUAAACUUGGAUGACACGGAGAUAGAAGAGAGUAAAAGAGACUUGAUUACCCGGGAGAUCGGCAAAUUCAGAGAAGUCAUGAAGAAGCAGGAAGAGGAGAAGGCCCAGGUGAAGCGGAAGAAGGAGGCAGUCGAGAAGGAGGAGCGCGAGAAGCGGGAAAAAGAACGGCGCGAUAAGCGCGACGACGAUAUCUCCAACAAGGACGAUCAGGAUGGAGACCUUGGUAGCCCUACGUCUCAUAAGGGUCGUAGCGAUAGUACCGGCAGCAGCAGAAGGGACAAACGCCGAUCCAGAUCACGGUCUAAAGAACGCGACAGAGAUCGACCGAGAAGUGACCGAGACCGGGACCGGGACAGAGACCGCGAAAGAGAUCGAGAGCGGGAACGGGAGCGGGAUCGGGAUCGUGAAAGAGAACGCGAGCGGGAGCGCGAGCGAGAUCGCGAGAAGGAGAGAGACCGGGAGAGGGAGAGGGAGCGGGAGCGCGAAGAGAUGAGAAAAACUGAGAGGGAAAUUAUGCGCGAAAGAGAGGAGGAGGAAGAGGCGAAAGAGAGGAAGAAGAAUGAGAGGCGAGCGAGAGAGAAGGAAGCGGCUUACCAGGAACGUCUGAGGGCGUGGGAAACGCGCGAGAGACGUAAACAAAAGGAGCACGAGAAGGAGGCGGAGAAACGCCGCGGGAAACGCGAGACCCGCGAGAGAGAGGCGAAGCGUCUCAAAGAGUUUCUCGAGGACUACGACGACGAUCGCGAUGACGCCAAGUACUACAAGGGCAAAGAGCUGUCCCGUCGACUGGAAGAACGUGCGGUCGAGGCCGAGGCGGACUCGCGGGACCGCUGCACUGAACGCCAGGAGCUUCAGCGUCUGCGUGACAAAUUGUACGCCGACGCCUCUCAUCCAGAUCCUGCUGCGGAAUUCGAAAGGCUGAAAGCCGAAAGAGAGGAACAAUAUAAGCCUAAACCAGUAAUUACUAUAAUCGACGAAGAAGACGAGAAGGCGACGAAGAAAGAAGAGGUGAUGCCGCCACUAGAAACCGAGCCAAUUGAGAGUGACAGCGACGACGGGGUGCAAUUCGAUGACGCUUCUCAGCCAGAGGUUCCGUCCAGAACGCCACCACGACAUCAUCAUCAUCAUCGCCGGCAUCACAGACAUCAUCAAAAUCACCAUCGCGAGGGCGAGGAGAAUCAGGAAGGCAGUAUAGAAGCAGCGGACCGAGAAAGCUUGAAAGACGCGCGGCCGUCUCCGGCUCAGGCCACGACACCCGCUCAAUCCAUUCCACCGACGUUGGACGAGGACUCGCGUAUGUCGUUGGUCAGCGAGCCGGAGAAGACGAGCGGCAGUAAUUUCGUUCCGUUCGCUAUGGGAAGUGGAGGCAAUCGUGCCAGUGGAGAUCACGCCGUAGGAGGCAAAACUCCGGUCAGUCCAAGUGCAGCUGCCAACACGAAUUCGCAGCAGGCGAAUCAGACGCGGAAGAAGGGUCGUAUGGAUGUCAAAGACGUUUUUAAUAACGAUGACGACGACGACGCAGCUAAUACCGCGAAGAAACGUAAACUCGUACCAUUAGAUUAUGGUGAUGAUAAAAAGAAAAAGCCAGAAGAAACUACGAAACCGGCGAAGGAAGAAAGUACAAAAAGCCAAGAAGAAAAACGAAAGCACAUCAAAUCUCUCAUAGAUAAAAUACCUACCGAUAAAAAUGCGUUAUUCGGCUACCAACUCGACUGGGCAGUGAUAGACAACACAUUAAUGGAAAAAAGGAUCAGACCUUGGAUCAAUAAAAAGAUUAUUGAAUAUAUCGGCGAACCGGAACCUACUCUGGUAGAUUUUAUUUGUAGCAAAGUGAUGGCAGGUAGUUCUCCUCAGGGAAUACUUGACGAUGUACAGAUGGUGUUAGACGAAGAAGCAGAAGUAUUCGUAGUCAAAAUGUGGAGGUUACUAAUCUACGAAGUGGAAGCUAAAAAGAUGGGCUUGGUGAAGUAAAGGGAAUUUCAUCUGAGAGGAAUUUUACGAUUACGGUUUCUACAAGAUAUAUCCCCUCGGCUAAGACGAUGUCUAGAAAUUACAUGUAUCUAGACGUAAUUUACCUAUUAUACUAUAAAAAUGGACGGGGAAAAUACUGUCGUCGUGCUGAUACCGACUUUAAAUGUGUAGAACUUAUAGCGUUAAAUAAACUUGUAAUUACGAUUUAUAAUAUA